ACUUUUCCAAGACACCCAUUAAAAACCAUAUUUAUCCCUUUCUCAAAAAGGCCCGUUUAUUUCAUUUUGCUUAAGGUUAAUGAAUAAUACUGAAAUAGGUUGCAUGUGAGUUGUGACAAGGAGAUGUUUCUUUUUUCUUCCUUAAGAUAAACCAAUAAUAAUAAGAAAGCUGCAAUGGUUUUAUACAGCGCAUAUAUGAAUGCAAGAAGGCGACGCAACAACGGGUACAACUCAGUAGCAGAGAUUUUACAAAAAUGGAAGAUCCACAAUCAACAACUUGCUAAUUCCACCAUUAACGAACCUCAAAAAACACUCCGUAAGGGUCCAUCAAGAGGUUCUAGAAAAGGGUGUAUGCCUGGUAAAGGCGGUCCUCAAAACCUCGACUGCACCUUCAGAGGAGUCCGGCAAAGAACUUGGGGCAAAUGGGUUGCCGAAAUUCGUGAGCCCAUCAACAAUACAACUAAUAACACUAAUCAACAAACCAAACGAAGUAGAAGAUUAUGGCUUGGUACAUUCUCUACUGCCAUUGAAGCAGCUUUAGCUUACGAUGAAGCAGCCAAAGCGAUGUAUGGUUCUUCCGCAAUUCUCAAUUUUCCUCAUCAAAAAGAACCCGAAGAUCACGGGUCAGAAUCGACGAAUCAAGAGGGAAUCAAGGGUUCCCAAGGGGAGGAUACGAAGGAUGGAUUAAUGCAUUUAGGUGGAGGUAAUAGAUUGAAUUUAGGGUUUGAUUAUACCCAAGAAUGGGGAAUGGAUUCUAUUGAUGGUAAUUUUGGGUUAAAACAACAGGAAGAUAAUUAUGAGUUUGUGGAUGAGAAUAAUGGUUUGUUUUACGGUGAUUGUUGGUUUCAUGAUAAAUCUUGUGAUGGUAUGAUGAGUACUUACAAGUUACAACCCACUUUAAGUGGUUCAUUAGGGUUUGAUUUCACCAAUUCUUCUGAUUUUUUAAGGCCACAUACUAGUAAUAAUACCAGUUUUGAUGCUUUGAACUAGCGGAAACAGGAAGUUACUACCUCUGUUCCAUUAUACUUGUUACUGUUACUGAUGGGAACCUUUUUCCACAAUACAAUAUUUCAGAAUGGAGGAAGUAUUAAGCUCAUACUGCGAUCAAGCUACGUAUUUUGUGCAAGUCGUAUGUCAGGGAGGCUAAGGUGGAAGAAUCCCCUACAGGUAAGUAGAUGUGGGGUGAGAAUAAAAUUCUUGUAAAGGAUGAAAAUCAAGAAAGAAAUAGUCUUUAAUCACUUGGUCAAUCCAUCAUUUUCAUAGAAAGAAUUUUUUAAAAGUCGAUCUUUUGGAGGUAC